AUGGAUACCACUGAAAAGGUUACGUCUAUAGAGAGUGUAGAUCAGAAGGAUUUAGGCUUGGCAGGAAGUACUCUUACAAACCAGAAAUGGGAAAAUGUCGAUUCUUCCUCGACUAGAUCUCUCAAUCAGGGUGAAUUGAAGAGAACUUUCUCAGUUUGGUCAAUCUUGGGUAUAGGAUUUGGGUUGACUAACUCGUGGUUUGGUAUUUCUGCAUCUUUGGUCACAGGUAUACAAUCUGGAGGUCCUAUGUUAAUUGUGUACGGAAUUAUUAUUAUUGCAUUUAUCUCAUAUUGUAUUGGUAUAACGUUAUCUGAAAUGUCUUCUGCAAUUCCAUCUGCUGGGGGACAGUACGUAUGGACAAGGGUUUUGUCGCCAAAGAAGUACUCUAGUAUUUUAGCAUACUUGUGUGGCUCAUUUGCUUGGGCUGGAUCGUUAUUUACAAGUGCAUCGAUGGCAUUGAGUAUUGCUAAUGAAAUCAUGGCCUUCUGGGUGAUGAUGCACCCAGACCACGUCAUUAAGAAGUGGCAAUUAUUUGUUAUUUAUCAGCUUGUGAACUUAUUUUUGAUUCUUUUCAAUUGCCACGGUAGAUACUUGCCAUAUAUUGCUAAUGGGGCAUUAUACACAUCCUUAUUUUCAUUUGUCGUAAUUACAGUGACAGUCUUGGUCUGUUCGAGAGGCAAUUAUCAACCAGCAAGCUUUGUCUUCACUGAAUUUGAAAACAAUACUGGUUGGUCUAGUUCAGGUAUUGCAUUUAUAGUCGGUUUGAUCAAUCCUAACUGGUCGUUUAGUUGUUUGGAUUCUGCAACUCAUUUGGCCGAGGAAGUGUUCAACCCAGCAAGAGAUAUUCCAAUUGCAAUUAUGGGUACUGUCACCAUUGGGUUUUGUACUGCCUUCUGUUAUUCUAUUGCCAUGUUUUUUUCAAUUCAUAAUUUAGACGAGAUUUUAAAUUCGAGCACUGGUGUACCAAUUUAUGACAUUUACUACCAAGCUUUGGGCAAUAGAGCAGGCGCUAUUUGUUUGGGUACUUUGAUUUUAUUGACUGCAUGCGGAUGUACUAUUUCAUCCCACACAUGGCAAGCAAGAUUAUGUUGGUCUUUUAGUAGAGAUAAUGGUUUACCAUUUUCAAAGUAUUUAUCGAUCGUCGACCCGAAGGCAGGUAUUCCAUUAAAUGCCCAUUUGUUUUCAUCUUUCUGGGUUGCAAUCUUAGGAUGUUUAUAUUUGGUUUCCGAUGCAGCAUUUAACUCGAUGGUCGUGGGGUGUAUUAUAUUCUUAUUAUUGAGUUAUAUAGUCCCAACUUUAUGCUUAUUAUUUCGAGGACGUAACAAUAUCAAGCAUGGUCCUUUCUGGUUGGGUCCUCUUGGAUUAUUUGCUAAUAUUGUGACCUGUUUUUGGACUCUUUUUGCGUUAGUAUUUUUUUCAUUUCCUUCGUUCAUGCCGGUCACGGCAGGCACUAUGAAUUACGUUUCGGUUGUCAUUGUUAUUUAUCUUUUGUGGACUUUGAUCUAUUGGUGGUUCCCUGUAAAGGGCUGGGCUUGUAGAGAUAACUUCGCUGGUGGUAGAGGAAAUGACGAUGAGGAAGAAUUCCCAGACGUAUGUUUAGAUAUAAAAUAG